ACAUUACGAAACUACCCUACCCAUCAAUCGCCUACACUUUUUUUUUGCUGAAUGAAUGGUGUUUUCGAUUCAUAUCGAUCCGGGAUAUGAUGGUCGGUGGAUAGUCGAAGCCGCAGACUUCGACUCUCCUAAUUAUGGCUCCUAGCGCUGGCUAUAAGGAGUUCUUCCCUAAUGCUCCUCGCGCCGCUAGAGACAAGGCUAAUGAACGGGAACGCGAGAAAUCUUCGAGAGCAUCAGAAGCUGCCGACAGUGAUUCCAAGACAGCAACCCCUGCUCAUCGCGAUGGCGCGAAAUACGAUUCGUUGUUAUCUGAUGCCGCACAUCCCCCGAUAGAUGAUACCGAGUCUUUGCAAGGAGAUAUCUUGAAUGGAGUCGGUUCCGCCAGUUCUCACGCGAGUACUGCCUCAUCUGUCUUUACCACCUUCAAUUCCUCCGCGGCUUUGAACCCUUCAUCUCGCGCUUCCAACAGUAACCUUACACCCCUUACAACAAUGGGCUCGCCCACAUAUCCUUCACAUAUACAAUCCGCAAAACAGCGCACCUCCGCCUUUCACAACGUCACCACAAAAUCUGAAAGCACGACCUCAACCACAGUCACGGGACCGCUCUCUAAUUCCAAUAUUUCUGGGCGCCCCCCAGCUCGAGACCCUAGCAAGCCAAGGGGAACCAAGUUAAUACACGAUCCUUCAACCGACAAGACCUUGUCUUCGAACGAAAGGAAAUCCCUGAAACCCAAGUAUAAAAAUAUUGGUUUGGAUGAUGACGCCCCCCCCAAGGAUCCCCGACUAUCUAAAGGGAGUUGGUUGGAUUAUAUAAAUGUCGACUUCCAUUUACCCAAGGCAAGGCUGCGCCAGACACCAUAUAACCUUAAGCCAUAUCAGUACGAUGCAGCUACCUCGAUCGGCCCGGGCCCGCCAACCCAGAUUGUUGUCAGCAGAUUCAACCCUCUAAUCAGCUUCUCUAAGGUCACAAAUAUUUUUGGCUCAUUUGGCGAUGUGGCCGAGAGUAGUAACAAGAUGCAUCCCGAGACAGGGAUUUAUCUUGGCUUUGCGACCUUUCGAUACCGAGACCAGAAGCAGCCACGACGCUCUCCCGUCUCUGCUGUUGAUGCAGCGAAGAGAGCUGUUAGGGCUAUGAAUGGGAAAAGGAUAGAGGCCAACCCAAUUAAAGUGGAAUUUGACCGAGAUGGCAAGAAAAGUAGGCUUAUGCUUGAGAACAUUUUGAAAAAAGACCACGAAGAAAUUGCGCGCAUCAUCAGUACACCAUCGGUACCAACAGGCCCAAGAGUAAAGCCUCCAGAUGUCGCAGGCCGGGCACCCCCUACCGCCCCGAGAGGCCCUGCUGCUGAGCGACAACAACGACCGGGAGCUGGGCCCGUUGCUCAGCUAGCAGCAGAACCGAACUGGGUGCUUCCGACGAAACCCAAGACUCACCCCAUACCACCCGAUACACAGCUCGUAUCUUCUACUUUAAAAGGCGAGCCUUAUGUUUUUGUUCCCGACACGAGCGUACCAUAUAUGGCAACGACAGUACCCCACAUGAAGAAGCGCCUUAAGUCUUUCCAAUUCGACGACAUACGAGCCGAUCGGACAGGAUAUUACAUUAUCUUUCCCAAUAACUCCUUUGGACGCGAUGAGGCCUAUAGGUGCUUUAGGUCGGCUGAUGGUAGUGCUUUCUUCACCUACACCAUGGCUAUGCAGCUUCAUGGUGUCACUAUAUCUGGGUCAUCUCAAUCUGUCAGUCAGUUGCAACGAAGCGAGCCUGAAAAGCGGUCGUUUACGGAUGCGCGUUAUAGAGACGAGCACCAAUAUCGGCCACGCGAUGAGCGACGUCGGGAUGAGGAGGCGGUACUAGAAGAAGAGAAGAAGCAAAGAGCUAAGAACUUUGACCCAGUCUUUGAGGCUAUUGAGGUAGUCCGGCGCGAGAUGAAAGAACAUCUAAUUCGGCACAUAAGAACGAAAGUUGCUGUGCCAGCAUUGUUCACAUUUCUUGACCCGGCCAAUCAUGUAGCUAAACGACGCAAAUUGAACCUCCCAGACCCAUCAGGACCAUCACGACCUUUAAUCAGUAGCGAAGAGCGGGAGGUUACGCCGAUUAGCACGCCCAAUUCACGAGCUGAUCCGAUUGAACGUCGCACCGCCCGUCUAAAUGUCACUACACUACCUCGGAUCAGGAAAGCCAAGGGCCAGGGUGCUGCACAGCGAAAUUAUGGAUUUACAGAUCCAUUUGCGCGUAAACGAUCGUCCACUGUCCACACUGCAUUCCGUUCUCUUCAUCAUCGACUGCAACCUCCAGAUAGUGACGACGAAGUUUCAGGAGAUGAGACUGAGAAUCGCGAUUCGAUCCUUCGCGAUGUUGAGGAGCCUGACUCCCGCCCUCGCAGCCGCAUGAGCACAGAGGACGAUGCCUUUGAGGAUAACUUUGGUGAUGAGGACUCAAUGACGGAUGCUAGUUUCCUAGUAAACGAUGGUGCUAUCAAGACAAAGAAGCGUAAGCUCGAUUUGCAAGUAGAAGCUGCGAUCAAACGACAGAAGAAGUCGGACGAGGAGCUUUUUGGUGUUACUAUCGAUACGCUGGAGCACGAGUUCCCGAUUGUUGAUGUCGCUGUGGGUGACGGUGAAAUCGAGCCUCCUGAAACUACAAAACUUUCCACGCCUCUUGAAAAGACCCCCAAGGGCCGAAAGAAGGCAGCCGCUGCAAAGCCUAAGAAGAAGACUAAGAAGCAACUCUUUGAAGAACGCGAGGCUAUGAAGAAAAAGCAGCAGGAAGCAUAUGUUGAAGAGGCCUUAGGACAACCAACAAAAGAAGAAACGCAAGAGCCUGAGGAACCCACGCAGAAACCUGCUCCUAAGGUUGUAGAAGAGGUGGUCUGUGAGGUGUUGCCGCGGGAUGAGCGCUUUUCCGAUGCAGUCGUUCGCGCAAUGGUUCUACCUGAAUCAUUUGACUUGUCACUGCGGUCACUCCCAGAACUUACCCUUCAACCAAACGAUCAACCUGAUGCUAGCAAGCUUCGCAAAAAGGUCAAAUCAAGCGAUAUUGGUGAACCCCGACUCUGGGUAUGGAAGCACAAUCGCGUGCGAGAACUCAAUUCUGAACCUGGUUCAGCACCCAUGGAGCCACUAAUCAUCGAAGGGUAUUACGUACCCAAUUCCACAGGUUGUGCCCGUACCGAAGGCGUCAAGAAGAUCCUCAACUCGGAAAAAUCCAAAUACCUUCCUCAUCAUCUCAAGGUGCAGAGGGCCAGAGAAGAGCGAGAGCUUCGUGCCGAAAAGAAAGAUGGCAAAGACACUGCAGCUGCAGCAGCCGAGGCAGCGAAGCUCGCAGCUGAGAAGUUGCUCGCCAAGGGUAACUCGAGAGCAAACCGUGUCAACAAUCGCCGUUUCGUAGCCGACCUAAACGACCAAAAGAAGACCCUGGGCCAAGACUCGGAUGUUCUGCGAUUCAACCAGCUUAAGAAGCGGAAGAAGCCUGUGAAAUUCGCCCGCUCCGCAAUCCACAACUGGGGUCUCUACGCGAUGGAGAACAUCAACAAAGACGACAUGAUUAUUGAAUACGUCGGCGAGGAGGUUCGCCAGUCUAUUUCUGAAAUUCGGGAGAACCGGUAUCUCAAGAGUGGCAUCGGCAGUAGCUACCUGUUCCGUAUCGAUGAUAGUACGGUUAUCGAUGCGACGAAGAAAGGUGGCAUUGCUCGCUUCAUCAAUCAUAGCUGUAUGCCAAACUGUACGGCAAAAAUUAUCAAGGUGGAAGGCAGUAAGAGAAUUGUCAUUUAUGCUUUACGAGAUAUUGCUCAGAACGAAGAGUUAACAUACGACUACAAAUUCGAGCGAGAAAUCGGAAGCUUGGAUCGUAUUCCUUGCUUGUGCGGAACAGCAGCUUGUAAGGGCUUCCUCAACUAGUCCUACCGACUUACUUCGCUUUCGCUUUCGCUUUGCUCACGAUUCGGAGUUCCAUCUCUGUUGCUUGUUCGUCCGGAGUGGGUGGUUUACUACAUCGCGAUCAUCUUCAUUUUUUACCAACGGCGCACCUUUGGUCCAGUCUCGAUUAUAUAUGCAUGCCGAGGGGACCACUCGGCCAGG